CACAGUCCAAGAUGGCGGUCUGCAGGCGGACAGGCGCCCCGGGCCGCGUUCGUCCGCUGCUCUGCGCUCUGCUGCUGUCCGUCAGCCGCUUCGCCGGCGCGGGAGGGGACGCCGGGGCCGCGGGCACGGCCUCCCCGCUGCCGCAUCGCCGCUUCGAGUACAAGUUCAGCUUCAAGGGGCCGCACCUGGUGCAGAGCGACGGGACCGUGCCCUUCUGGGCCCACGCGGGGAAUGCUAUUCCCAGUUCAGAUCAGAUUCGAGUAGCACCAUCUUUAAAAAGCCAAAAAGGAUCAGUGUGGACAAAAACAAGAGCGGCCUUUGAGAACUGGGAGGUGGAAGUGACGUUCCGAGUGACCGGGCGAGGUCGAAUUGGAGCUGACGGCCUGGCAAUCUGGUACACAGAGAACCAGGGCUUGGAGGGGCCUGUGUUUGGAUCAGCCGACAUGUGGAAUGGUGUUGGAAUAUUUUUUGAUUCAUUUGACAAUGAUGGAAAGAAAAAUAAUCCUGCUAUAGUAAUUAUAGGCAACAAUGGACAAAUCCAUUAUGAUCAUCAAAACGAUGGUGCUGAACAAGCUCUGGCGAGUUGCCAGAGGGACUUCCGUAAUAAACCCUAUCCUGUUCGAGUCAAGAUUGUAUAUUACCAGAAAACAUUGAUGGUGAUGAUCAAUAAUGGCUUUACACCAGAUAAAAACGAUUAUGAGUUUUGUGCAAAAGUGGAAAACAUGAUUAUCCCUGCACAGGGGUAUUUUGGAAUAUCUGCUGCAACAGGAGGUCUUGCAGAUGACCAUGAUGUUCUUUCUUUUCUGACCUUCCAACUGACUGAGCCUGGAAAAGAACCACCUACACCAGAUAAAGAAAUUUCAGAAAAAGAGAAAGAAAAAUAUCAGGAAGAAUUUGAGCAUUUUCAGCAAGAAUUGGAUAAGAAAAAGGAGGAGUUCCAGAAGGACCACCCUGACAUUCAGGGGCAGCCGGCCGAGGAGAUCUUUGAGACUGUUGGAGAUCGUGAGCUGAGGCAGAUCUUUGAAGGACAGAACCGCAUUCAUCUGGAAAUCAAGCAGCUCAACCGCCAGUUAGAUAUGAUCCUUGAUGAGCAGAGAAGGUACGUCUCCUCCCUGACGGAGGAGCUCUCCAAACGUGGAGCCACGGUCCCGGGGCAGCCCGGACAGAUCUCUCAACAAGAAGUGGACACUGUGGUGAGAACUCAGCAUGAGAUUCUGAGACAAGUGAACGAAGUGAAGAAUUCCAUGAGUGAGACCAUCAGACUAGUCAGCGGCAUACAGCAUCCUGGGUCUGCAGGCGGCGUUUACGAGUCCACGCAGCACUUCAACGACAUCAAAGAGCAUCUGCAUGUGGUGAAGAGGGACAUAGACAACCUCGUGCAGAGAAACAUGCCACAUGAAAAACAGAAAUGCCCAGAACUCCCGCCAUUUCCGUCCUGUUUAUCGACCAUGCACUUCGUCAUAUUUGUUGUGGUGCAAACAGUGUUAUUCAUCGGCUACAUCAUGUAUCGGACUCAGCAAGAAGCAGCAGCCAAGAAGUUCUUUUGA